GGACUGGCAUAUUGCUUUUAAUCGCAUUCCCUUGACGUUUCCGCCAGUGUCCACCGACAAAUCAAGAAAGGUUCAUUUGCAAAAUGCUGGUCAAGGAAAGAAAAAUAGUAAGACAAGCAAAAAAAAGGAGAAAACCAUGUUAAUUUUAAUGUUGGAAUACAAUCAAAGAACAAUACAUUUCAAAUAAGUGAUGAACAAGAGAUAGCUGGCAUAGCUGAGCAAAGCAAGACCAGUUACGUAUGAUAUCGAUUUUAAUUUCUAAAUUAAAUGUUGGUCUUGAAAUUGAGUAACGAUGUUGAUAGUUCUGUUAAGAAAUGAUAAUUCAACUGUUUUUUAUACUGGUAAAAAUUGUCAUUUUAUUUAUGUAUAUGAAAAAAUGACGAUUUAAACUUGACCCCUAUGUUUUGUACAUCAAUGUUAGUAUAGGUUAGUUUGCAAAUUGUAUCAAAUUGUGUUAGCUAGAUUCCUCAGUCUAACCACGUUAAAAACGUCAUUUAAAUACCUUUUUAGCUUAGUCUCAGGCCGCUCUCGGUUCCUCCGAAAAUUAAUUAUUAACAUUGGUUACUAUGUAACCUAAUAAUAACAUAUUGAAUGGUCCAAUAGAUUUUUGUUAUUGUUACGUCAUUGUUUCAAUUUCCAUUAUUUUCGGACAAUUCCAAGCAUUUAGAGCAUUGACUGUCGACAACCUGCAGUCUAUCGAAAAUCAAACGUUUCAUUGAGAAAGCUUUGUAAAAAGUAAACUUGAAGAAAUAUCAAAAGAAAGAAAGGGAAAGAAUAAAAGGAAGAAGAAUGUCAACCUCAAAUGGAUCAAAAUCAUCAUGUUCUUCCUAUGCGUCUUUAUUUACUGAAAAAGAUAAAGCGAUUUCUAGUGACGAAAAUGAAAGAUUGAAUUAUUCAAGACUUAUUCGCUUGCUAAUGGGUGUUGGUGUUGACACUUUAAGAAACUUUUUCAAAAGUAUCCAUGUUAACUGGGAGAAUCAGCCAUUUGACGCCAGUGCUCUUAAGAAAGGUUCCUUAAAACUGUUACCUCAUCAAGAAAAAGCAUUUUAUUCUGGCAAUAUCAAUGAAUGGGAUGUGACUUUGCUUAUUAGUGUAUUGAGGUUUACCACCAAAUGUGCAGCUAAAGUAAAAAGAGAUUCAUAUAUAGACAAUGCUUUACAAGGCAUUGCCACUGUACGCAAUACGAUUGUUCAUUUACGUGGUGAAAAAAUGAGUGAUGAUGAUUUUGAAAAGCAGUGGGAGAAGCUAAAAGCCAACAUUAUUGUCUUAGGUUGCUCUGAGACUGAAAUUGAUGAAGUAUUAGAAGAUCGCACUGAAAGAAGUUUAGAACAGUACAAAAUGCUAUUUUCGGAAGAAGUAGCUGUUCGUCAACAUUAUUACAAAAAAAACUGUUCUGAUGCUGAGAUAAGGAAGGGUGAAAAACAAGAGGAAGACGUGCAAGAUGCUAUCCCAAAUCCUGAGUGGGAUGCCUGGACUCAACUUCUUCGUGGAAUGAAUAAUUUUAACCAAUCACAAACAAAUUUGGUAUUAGUGUCAGACGUGAUGACGUCAGACGAAUCAGAAAAUUUUAAGGUUUUAGCGGCUGUACCAUGGAGUAUGGUAAUUGAUUUUGAUCCAAAUUCUGAAGAUGAAGGUUUGUAUAAGACUUUCAAUUCUCAAGCAUUACUCCCACUUAUGCUUUCACCUUUCACACCUGGCAGGAUAGGAAAAAUUAAUGUAUCGGUAUUACAGAGGAAAAUUGACUCCAAAAGAAUACUGUGGCUGUUUGCGAAUGGAAGAAAAAUCGACGAUAAAGAAAGUCAGCCUAAAUUUUUUCCAGCCUGGAAAAGGCAGGAUGUAAAAAAUAUUGCAAAGUUUUUUGUCUGUUGUGCUGAUUCGUUCGAUAAACAAAAGCCAAUAAGAUGUCUUGCUCUUCCAAUAUCACCAUCAGCGUUGCCCUUCGUCGAAGUUACAAUGAAGCGAUUUUUCGAACACUUUUCAGAUUUCAAUAUUUCAUCAAUUUCCAUUGAUAACAGUUGCGAAAACUCCAGCUUGAACAAGGACAUUCAAGUGUUUGCUAUGUCAUCUAGUGACUUAAACAAAGGGAUGAAACAAUUGUUUAAUUUUCGUGAAGAUUCCCUAAAAUAUGAGAUGCCCUGCUUCCAGUCUGAGCUUCGUGUCUCGUUAACACAGAAAAAUUAUGUGUACAUGAAAGAGUAUUUAAAACUGUUCUACAUUGGCUGCGAACAAAAGUUCAUGUAUCCAGAUGAUGAAAAAAAACAAAAGAAAACUAUUGAAGAACAUCGAGCAAGCUUUCUCUCUGGUAAUUCGAUCUCGUUUCUCAGCUUGUACUUCAACCAUGAUGCCAAGCGUUCCAAGGAAAAAGAUAUUGAAAUCCACAUUCAACGCAUGAUUGAGCAGCGUUUGCUAAAGCACAGCAGCAUCGUUCAAAUUGCUCACUCUCCUGGGACUGGGGGCUCCACAAUUGCCAAAAGAGUGCUUUGGAACCUUCACAACAAUUUUCCGUGUGCAUCGGUAAAGCUUUCUGAUGAUUUUAAUUUCGAAGAUGAAACAAAUUUUUUGCCAGAGUUAUCAAAUCGAAUUGCUACUUUGGAAGAUGAAUGUGGGGUAUCCCCAGUUAUUCUUGUAGAUGGUCGACGGCAGUGGAAAGUCGAUUUGUUGAGCCAUAGUAUUGUUCGCUCCUUGAAUAGUCUUGGAAAAAGAGCAGUUAUUCUUCAGUGCUGUCAUGGUAGCAAAGUUUCACCAAACGGAGAUGUGCACAAAGUGUUCCAAAUUAAUUCAAACUUGGAAGAUAAUCCUGAUGAUCUAAAAGAAUUCAAAGAAAAAUAUAACGUAAAUGAUCAAAUAGCUCGUCGAGUAUUUCAUUUUCCGUUACUGUCAAUGAUGAAGGAAUUUUCUGCAAAACUUAAGGAAAUUGUGACAAACACGUUGUAUGACCUGAGUGAUCUAGAGAAAACAUAGCAGGCUUGGUGGCCUUUCUGCAGAUAUAUGCCGAUCAACCCACUCCAGCUUUUCUCCUGUACGAAAUGUUCAGAUCUCAACUUCGUAUCGACAAAGGUGUUCAGGUCACAUAUCAAGAUA